CAGAUGUUGCCACAUCAAAAUGGUUUGAAAUGUGUCAGAAUCUAUCCAAGUUUAAUUGGUAACUGUUCCAUAAACAAAUAUCAAAAUGAUGUGUAUCUGGAUGCAAAGUUUUUGUUCUCACUUAAAAGUGUUAAUGUUAAAUUUCUUUAUUUUAAUACUUUUUCUGAAACUGCCACUGCAUGUUGAUGGCAGGGUUAGUCCACACAAGGUGUUGCUAAUUUCAUUCGAUGGUUUUAGAUGGGAUUACUACAAAAAAGCACGAAACUUAACAAGCUUCCAUAGAAUGAUUGCUGAUGGUGCAUUUGCUAAAAAUGGAAUGAUAAAUGCUUUUAUCACAAAAACAUUCCCGAAUCAUUAUACAUUAUCAACUGGACUUUUUGAAGAAAGCCAUGGAAUUGUGGGAAAUCAGAUGUAUGAUUCUGUUUUCAAUGAAACAUAUCAUGGAAAUAAUGACACCAUUACCAGUAAUCCAAAAUGGUACAGUGGAGAACCAAUAUGGGUUACGAAUCAACGUCAGAACACUGAGUAUCGCUCGGGUUGCAUUUGCUGGCCAGAGUCUAUGGCACCUAUCGAAGGAUUCAGACCAUACCGGAUAAUACCAUUCCGCACACAAAAGGAAUUUCCAUACAAAGAUAGGAUCAACACUAUGAUUGAGUGGUUUACAGAUGAAUAUCCAAUAAAUCUUGGCCUUUUAUAUUUCGAGGAGCCUGACAAAAUCGCACAUCAAGUUGGACCAGAUUCGCCCGAAGUUUUAAGUGUUUUAUUUCAAUUAGAGAAAGUGCUAGAUGAUCUAUUUUGGGCUCUUAAAGAUGCCAAUAUUUAUGAGAAUACAGACAUAAUAGUUUUAAGUGAUCAUGGAAUGGCUUCAAUUCCACCUGAAGAAUCCUACAAAAUUGAGCUAACCAAGUAUUUGACAGAAGGCACAUACUUUGUUACUAGUACAAACCCAGUUUGUGGAAUUUUUCCUUCUACACCUGGUAUCAAGAAUGUGGAAGCAAUUGUCCAAAACCUGAGCAGCCUUGAUCAUGCAAAGGUGUACCUGAAGGCGGACCUGCCAGAGGAGUUCCACAUCAAACACAACCGCAGGACCCCUCCAAUCAUGGUCAUCCCCGAGGAGCAUUACUGGUGUUCACAUAACAACACAUAUUUUGCUGGUGAGCAUGGGUACAACAACAGUAUACCAGACAUGCACCCAGUAUUUCUGGCUAUGGGCCCAUCAUUUAAGCCAGGAUCCAUGGUAGACUCUUUCAACAACGUUGACGUGUACCCGCUCCUGUGCCGACUGCUUGACCUUGUUCCUGCGCCCAACAACGGUUCCCUGAAGGUUGUGUCCCAGCUCUUGGUAGACAGGCUUGUCACAGAGUCCCCCAGCACGCUUGGAACAUAUCUGUUUGUGGUGAUAGUGAGCUGUAUGGUGAGUGGUAUAUUUUGUGUGGCGGCCUGCCAGGUACAACGCAGAUACCGCAGGCUCCAUCGACGCAAUUUGUCCCCCUUCCUGCCCCUGCCCCUGUCUAGCAUGGGAGGAUAUGAUCAUCAGAACAAUGAGGAAGCCUCUUUGGGGCUACUUGGGGCCACCUCAGACGAUGAAAUUUGAUGGUAGACUUACUCACACACUCAGAAUGAAUUUCUCUUCGCUCAAGCUCAGUUUGUGCUAUAUGAUGAUUAUUUAUCCACAUGUAUGUUAAAACUUCAUUUUUCUGUGAUACGGUGCAAUUCCAAUGACCAUAGUUGACUUGUUCUUGUAUAGAAAUCACCCAAUUAAUACACAAACAAAUGAUGAAGUUCUGUAAGUAAACAUUCACACAUUUUACUGAUUCAAAUCAAAUUAAAAGUAUCCUGCUUUAGGGUAACUAAAUUUUCAUUUGUUGUGUUCACUUACAUAUAUAUUUCAAGUAGUUUUGUCUUUGUUUCAAGAAUUUCUAUGUACAAUGUUCUUGUUUCUACAUGCAUGUAUUUGACUGUGAAUUAUUGUUCUAAUAAGUGCUACUUUGUUAUGUUUAAAAACUAUAUAUUGUUCCUUUCCAUGCUGUAUAUUUAGCAAUUUUUAUAUAGUUAGAAUAUAUACACACAAGCUCUCAGACUUUUACAUAUCGAGGACAUGUAAAUUGUAUGCAUUUUUACAUUUCUUCCUCAACAUAAAAGAAUACUUUUAUGUUAUAUGUUUUACUUUGACAUUCCUUUAAGAGUAUAGUCAGAAUACUAAUGGAGGGAUCAGUUUACCAUUUCUUUACCAUAUCUGGUUUUGUUUGUAAAAUUACAAUGUGUACAAUUCAUACAUGUGCUUUUAGUUUGCUUGUGGUAAUUAGGGCUGCCCUUCGCCUGAAACGAUUCAUAUUGUUUUGGGCAUGGCCAGUCAGUCUUUUUUGUGACAAAAUCUUGUGUCUCUCAUAUCUCUAAUAUUAAAUUAGCCAUAGUGAUGUAACUGUAAAGGAAUGCUAGGCAGCAUUUGUCAGAUGUACACCUGGGGAUUUUGUGUAGUUGCACCGAGUAAUUAGUAAUGGCCCUCGACUUAGUUUAAACAACCUAUAGAGCAUGCAAUUGUGUGUCAUGCGUAUCUCCAAAAGUAUUUAAGCUACAACCAUGAAAGCUUACAAUAAUGUUUAUCAGCAUCCUAGCAUGUGAAUACGGGGAAUCGAACCUGCAACCCCUGGAUUGAUAGUCAAGUGUGUUACCAGUAGACCACAGAUCCGCCACAGCUCCAGGACGGUAUUCAAUCUCAUUCUUAUCCUUGGAUUCUUAUCUUGAAUGUAAGUGAAAUCUUAUACAUGCGGUUAUUGAAUACAUCCCCAAGGGUUACGUAGUACAUGUAUAUGUUAAAUUACGUAUGUGCAGUUACACUAGAUUUUAUCAUAACAAAAUUAUGCAUGUAUAGGUUUAAGUAUAUUUUAUUUUCAGAGAACAUUUAUAUGCUAUAUUAUACAACAUACUGAAUAUGAGGAUUGGUCUGGAUGAAGAUGAACAACUUCCAUGUAUAAGAGCCCUUUCUAACGGUUGAUGAAUUGCAGGAUUUGGACGUACAAAUUAACACAAGUCAGUUUUCAUCGUUUAUGUGGUUACGUAAAACCAAAAUAAGUUAAAUCAUAGAAUAUAAUGUACAUUACAUGUAUUGCGGUAUGAUGAAGAUUUGUAUUAUUUAGUAUUAAGUGAUAGGUUGGAUCUGAAAAUGUAUUAAGGUAUAUAUUACUGUCUUUUUUUCUAGGCAGAUAAUUGGUAUGGGAGUUUUGAAAGAAAUGUCUUAGCAAUUGUGAAUGCGAUUUUUUGCACAUAGAAUCAGUCGCCAUAUUCAUGACAAGUAUCUAUCAUGUGUUUCCGUACGGAUAGAAAAAUCCGACCCGAGUGCACGCGCGUACGCCAGUAACGAGGCUUGCCGAGUUACCGGCCACGCAGCGUGCCCGAGGGUCGGGUUUUUCGAUCCGGACCGGAAAAACAUGAUUGAUAUUAUUUCUUGCAUAUAUCUAAAAUUAUCAAUUUGUGGGGAAAAUUGACUUAGAAAUCGCACUUUUGUACAUUUUACCAAAAAGCGCGUGCGAUGUUGUUUACUGACGUCAUAAAGCGCAGUAAUUUUAAAUAACUUUUGACGUCAAAUAGUUCCUCUAAAUAUCGCGUUUUUACGAUUAUUUAUUUUCUAUCUAAAUUAAAAGUCUUUCAUACUUAUAUAUUUAAUUGUGCUUUAUUGAAAUGACAUAAUAUACUUUUCAUAAACCAUUCAAUAAAAGAAAUAAGAAGUGGCGCGUUGUUGGGCGUGACUCAUUGUGUACACACCGGUCUUACUGACCUGUGUGAAAGCACUCUAAGCAUGAUGGGAACGCACUACUUUUUCAAGAUGGCGGCUUAAACACGGAAGUGUCAAAUUUAUAAAAUUGUAAAGUGAAAAACAAUUCAAUUUAAACGCCGUUUGUGUGAUCUACUGCAGAUAUUGAUAUUAUUUAAUUUAUUUAACUGUUCUUUUAUUGUAUUUGGUGUCAAUAUUAAGCAAACAGAAGAAACAAGGUCAUACUUUGCUUUUAACACAAAUGGGGCCGCUUGAAAAAUCAAACUUUUCCCAUAUCCGGUUGGCAAAAUAGCCAUCACAUCAUGUUUACUUAAAACAUGCAUCAAACAUUCCCUCUGACAGUCUUUCAGUGGUUUUACAAACCCAAUUUCUUUAGACACGCGUGUUAUUAUUUCGUCCAUUGUUAGUUAAAAACCGAAAGUGAAAGUACAUAGUUUUAAAUAUCCGAAUAAAAUAAUAGUAACACGGUCGAACUUUUAAUUGUAUCUUGAAUUUUAAGACCACUGAAGAAUAAGUAAACCAUUUUUAAUCACUUGAAAAAGAUAUAAUGUGUUUUAUUAAAAAAUCGCCAUCCCUACGCGGACUACUUUAUGUCGGAGUCUUUUUUACCCCGAAUGGGGGUGAGUAAUGCGUCGUAAGACACAGGUCUAUUUUUGAGACCGGUGUGUACACAUUGGGGCGUGGCUCAUCUUACAUGGGGGUGGGGGAUGUAAGACGGGUUUUUCCAGCACUGGCCACAUGGCCGGGGAAAAAAACAAAAACACUCAUUUUACCAUGUUUUUCUGUGCUAUAUGUUUAGUAUAUAAAUUCAUGUGAUUGUGAAACAUGUAUGCAUCUAACUUGUAAAUAUAUUUUUUGCACAAAAUAAAUUCUAUUAUAUAUACAGUA